ACAGAGUCAAAUAUUUUCUACACCGAAGCUUCUUAAAGAGGUCAUCAAUGGAGUCUUCACUCUUUUCUCCAUCUUCCUCUUCUUACUCUUCUCUAUUCACUGCAAAAUCUACGCGUUUUCCUUCUCCAAAACCCAAAUUCUUCUCUGUCUCUAUCAAAUCCUCCAUUGAGAAACCUAAACCCAAACCCAAACUCGAGACCAAUUCAUCGAAAUCCCAGUCAUGGGUCAGUCCCGAUUGGCUCACAUCACUCACUCGUACCAUUUCCUCAGGACAAAACGACGAUUCAGGCAUACCAAUCGCGAACGCGAAGCUCGAAGACGUCACUGACCUCCUCGGAGGUGCUCUCUUCUUACCUCUCUACAAAUGGAUGAACGAGUACGGACCCAUUUACCGUCUCGCUGCUGGUCCUCGUAAUUUCGUAAUUGUGAGCGACCCAGCGAUCGCUAAACACGUUUUGAGGAAUUAUCCAAAGUACGCUAAAGGCUUAGUCGCUGAAGUCUCUGAAUUUCUAUUCGGUUCGGGUUUCGCAAUCGCUGAAGGACCUCUUUGGACGGCGAGGCGAAGAGCGGUGGUUCCGUCGCUUCACAAGAGGUAUUUGUCUGUGAUUGUGGAGAGAGUAUUCUGCAAAUGUGCAGAGAGGCUUGUUGAGAAGUUGCAGCCUUAUGCACAAGACGGAAAUGCUGUGAACAUGGAAGAGAAGUUCUCUCAGAUGACACUUGAUGUCAUUGGCUUGUCUCUUUUUAACUACAAUUUCGAUUCUUUGACUACCGAUAGUCCUGUCAUUGAAGCUGUUUACACUGCUCUUAAAGAAGCUGAGCUUCGUUCUACUGAUCUUCUACCAUAUUGGAAGAUCAAUGCAUUGUGUAAGAUAGUCCCGAGACAGGUGAAAGCUGAAAAGGCUGUAACUUUGAUAAGGGAAACUGUUGAAGACCUCAUUGCUAAGUGCAAAGAAAUUGUCGAAAGAGAAGGCGAAAGAAUCAAUGAUGAGGAGUAUGUAAAUGAUGCUGACCCAAGUAUCCUUCGUUUUUUGCUUGCAAGCAGAGAAGAGGUGUCAAGUGUGCAGCUACGAGAUGAUCUUCUCUCAAUGCUUGUCGCGGGUCAUGAAACCACUGGAUCUGUCCUUACUUGGACACUUUAUCUCCUAAGUAAGAACUCAUCUGCAUUGGCGAAAGCACAAGAAGAAGUAGACAGAGUUUUAGCGGGAAGAAAACCGGCUUAUGAGGAUAUAAAGGAGUUGAAGUACAUUACUCGUUGUAUAAACGAGUCAAUGCGUCUCUACCCUCAUCCUCCUGUCUUGAUUAGAAGAGCUCAAGUUCCUGACAUUCUUCCUGGGAACUACAAGGUUAAUACCGGACAAGACAUUAUGAUUUCAGUCUAUAACAUCCAUCGUUCUUCCGAGGUAUGGGAAAAAGCCGAGGAAUUUCUUCCUGAACGUUUCGACAUAGAAGGCGCUAUCCCUAAUGAAACAAACACCGAUUUCAAAUUCAUACCGUUCAGUGGAGGGCCUAGAAAAUGUGUAGGCGAUCAGUUUGCAUUGAUGGAGGCAAUUGUGGCACUCGCAGUGUUUCUUCAGCGGUUAAACGUCGAGCUGGUUCCUGAUCAGACCAUUAGCAUGACCACUGGAGCAACCAUACACACCACCAAUGGAUUGUAUAUGAAGGUGAGCCAAAGGUAAAGCCAGAAUGUCGAAGAUGAAGUUCAAUUUAUGUUUUCAUACAAACUGAUUAUUUUUGUUACCAUCAUGAUUGAUUGGUGUUAAUGGACUUGUUUCAUACAGUAGUACUCUUGAGAAAUAACGACAAAAAGAAUUAUGGAAAAUUGUACUAUCGGAAAUGUGAAUUUCGAGCAGUGAAAAUAGUACUACCAAUAAAGUUUGGUAGUUGUG